CCCCGUUCUACGUCUCUGGGAGAAACAAACGGAGCUAUACCAAAAAUAGCAGCUGGUUAUAACUAUAAAGAAACGAUUCUUUCGAAAAAGUAGCUGGGGUUAUUGUGUCAUCUAAUUUCAAGAACUGACAGUUAAAGAUGCAGUCUACUGGAGAUGUCCAAGGUUGUCUUCGUAAAUUGGAAACUCUCCUGCGGGUGAUCAAGUACCCAGGACAUGUCGACUACAAUGGUCUCUCCAAAGGAGAUCCCUCAGCUUUUCUUCCAAUAGUGAGCUUCACCCUCACCACCUUCUCUCCGCCUUUUGCUGAGCAGUUAAUGGCGGCUGGAAUGGAGUUGACUGGCAAAACUGACCUCAGAUUCACUGAGGCUCUUUAUAAGAUACUACGAGAUAUCUUCCACUAUAAGCCCGUACUGACCAAGCAGCAGUUCCUCCAGUGGGGUUUCUCUCAAAGGAAAAUCUCUGUCAUCUGUGACAUCAUUAACUUGGUCCUAGAGAAACAUAAACAACUGAAGAAGCCCAGGGUCAGGUGUCCCACCUCACACAAAGAUGGCAGAGGAGAAGCUCAUCCAACACUGACUAAUGCAGACACUGUGCCAACUGUUGUGAAUCACAUAGAAAAUCCUUCUACUUUUUUCCCAAACUCCUCCCACAGAGGAACCUUUUCCUCCUAUGAUGAAGCACACUCCCCCAGUUCUCCUGAAAAUGGGAUCACAAAGCUGACAGAGGGAGAGGAGGACAAGGAUAACAUUUUUCACUCUUCAGAAGUAGAAGGAAGGCUCUCAGCACUGGAAGCUCAAUUAGGGAGUCUUCUGUCUGGGCUAGACCGGCUCAGGAUCCUGGAGAAACGCCUGGAGGAACUUGAGAUACGGAGAAACACAGACAAGAAUGAAGGACAAGUGAUCACCAUAUGCAGAGAGAGCUGGGAAAAUCUGAUGAGCAGAGUCCUAUUACUGGAAACUAAACUGGAACUGAACAGUAUACAGCCCAAUGCCCCACCACCAUGUCCCGCUCCUACCACCUCCUAUUCUACUAGCUACACACCUGAUGCUUCCAAGGAGGACCUCAAGGAUAGGCUGGAGAGCAUCACCAACAUGCUGAAGAGCACCGCCAGUCUGUUGAAGAAGACGGAAUCCUCCACAACACCCCACAAAUAAAUUAAGAUAAAUGAUCACACUACAGUCUUGGCACACUUUUCUUGGCUUUGUUAAACCUAAUUAAACCUAAUUAUCACCAUAAGCCUCAGCUUGUUUUGUAGCUUUUCUAUAACAAACAACCUGUACUUUUUAGACAAGCUGAAAAUACCCUGUAGGUGCUCUUAACUCAAGUUUAAAGUGAAAUUAUUGUGUGGAAAAUAUAAUGUCACCAUGAAAACUAAUGUUCACCGAUGAAGGCCUGGCCUGAUGAGAGCACAGUAGAUGAUUUCCACUGGUAAAUGCUUUAUUCUUAAAACUGGGUCAUGUGAGCUACAAAAUCAAACUGCAGAGACCAACGCAGGAUCAUUUCUGUCGUUUGUUCUGUCAUCUGUCAUCAUCAUCACUUUUUAUUUAUUUAGAAAGCACCUUACUAAAAACACAGUUGAUCCAAAUCAGCUCUUGAACAUCUCAGCAAUGGUGGAGAACUAGAUGAUGGGAGAUGUGACAGAAAAGCUUUGUCCCCAUAACGCGUAGUUAGCAGCUAAACGUAGGAAAGCAACUUCGAGGACAAAAUGUUCACCUGCUGCCAAAUGUAUCCCACCCACUAACAGGUGCCAUGAUGAAGAGAUAAUCAGUGUUAUUCACAUCACCUGUCAGGAGUCAUAAUGUUAUGCUUGAUAUAGUUUGUUCAGUAAAGGUAAUUAUGAAGCUCUUGCUCUAACUU